UCACAGAAAGCAACUUUACACAUAUCCUUUUAAACUAUUCCUUUAUUUUAAAAGAAUGUCUUAUAUCAGAGGUUCUGAGCUCUGGUGAAUAUGCCACACUGAAGUUUAUUGUUUUGUGGCUUUUUUAAAAUCUUAGCAGAUCAAGAUUUUGUUGCUGGAGAGCAUCGCAAUUGUUUACACUUAUAACUUUAAGAGUAAAAUAGAAAAUACUGCAAAUAUUCAUUGGUUUUGAUGACAAGUCAUAGAUUUGAAAUGAUAAGUCUAAUUCUCUCUGCCUAGAAGCUGCCAGACUUCUUGAGUUUGCCAGUAUUUUUUGUUUUACUUUGGAUUUCCAGUGUCUGUAAUGUAAUUUGCUUUUGGUUUCAUAUUUUCAAUGUUUGUUUACAGCUCAAGGAAGCAAAAGCUAAAGCUGUGGAUCGCAACAAGUGCCCCAACUUGGUGAAUACCUGAAAGAGAAAAAUAAACAGUUGAAGUACUCAGUCAGUUUGAUUUAUCGCUUUAUCGUGGUUUGGUUUACUAACAAAGGAAUAGAAUGUCACAGAUACUUCAAUCCACACUUCAUCCAGCCAACAUCAAGUUGUCUGGCAUGUGCACCAGUGCAGACAGAAAGAAUGAAUCCCCAUAUUCCGUGGAAACUCCUUAUGGUUUCCACCUGGAUCUAGACUUUCUGAAGUAUGUGGAUGACAUAGAGAAAGGAAAUACCAUCAGGAAAGUUAAAAUACACAAGAAAGCCAAGCAACAAAAAUGCAACACAUUGCCAAGAAAUUUCAGCAUGCCCGUUACACAGCUCCUCUCGACUGAAUCUCAUCCCUGCAGAAACCAGAGGGAGAAGUGGUUGGCACCUCCUUCCUGGGAAAAUGCUAAUGGAUAUAAAGUGACUGGUAUUCAAAACGUAUUCAUACGUUCCCCGUGUAACAUCGACCCAGUAUUAUCAGAAUGCAACAAGCACGAUUACAGAUCUGUAAAGACAAUAUCUGACACCAGGGCACGGUCGAAAGGGAAUGAGAAAUUUCCAAGUUGGGGGAGACCUCCUUUUCUUCGGGCAGCCAGCGUGCCCACUGAUUUCAAGGAACUGAGUUUGGAAGAACAGCAAGGAAACCGUUCCUCAUUCCAACAGAAAUUGAAGUGCCUGGAUAGUGAUGUCCUCAGUACAUCGGCUGACGUAGCUGUCCAGGAGAACUCCACCACUGCUGACGCCACAUCACAGUCGAAGCUGACACCAACACAGCACUCUCAGAUACAGGAACAAUUUAGGAUUUCCCAAGAUAAAUCCAAAAAGGUGGAGGAGCAAGUAAAAAACAUUUCUGAACUUAAAAAACAGAUACUUAUGUUGCAGGAAAAGAAUAAACAGCUUCAUAUUCAAAUAAAAAAUCAACAAAGCACUGUGCGGAAUACAAGUUAUAAGUUACAAGAAAAAGCCAAUGGCAAUAUCAACAAAACGGAGUGCAUCAAUAAAGGAAGUCAAGGCCAUUCAGCAAUAACAACAAUUGGCUCCGAAGGGCAAGUGUUAUGUUUAAGUAAAAGUCCAUCCUCUGAAUUAUUUAUGCCAAAUGCCAGUUUGAAACAUGAAAGAAUUUCUGACCUGGAUUAUCGAAAUAAAUUCGCUUCAACUUUUGCAGUAAGUGAAAACAAGAGCUUUGAUCCUAUUCCUCACAAUGAAUUAUUUCAGACCUCAUCUGCCGUAGGAGGUGAUGAGCACAGAAUGAAGGAUGUGGGCAUUCAGGUUACUGAAGCGGAGGUGGGUUUGGCACGAGGGGCACACACUAGCCCAAAGAAACUUGCCAUUAAUGAACUAAGAACUACUGCCUCCACAUUGGGGAAGCAGUUUGAAGGCGGAACUCCUGAAGGAAAGUCUGACUCCCAAGGUGCGACACUUGAUGACAUCAGGGUUAGCCUCUACCCAAAGACACCACAAGGAGACCAGGCUAUGCAUUUGGAAAAGCAAGAUGAACAACAAGACCAGCCUGAAUCCGAUAUGACAAGUAAUCUACGAAGCAACGUUGAGGCUCCUGAACCAAAGCCAAGUGAAGCAAAGGGAAAAUACAUCGACAGACUUGACCUCCGCCCAUUCACUCGGUCAGUGGGCUGUGGAGACUGUACUGUGAACGUAACAAUCACAACAUUAAAAGAGACACAAACUCUUGGAGUCAACACAGACUGUAUCAGUGUCCAUGAUGCAAACAUUAUGGCAACAGUUGAAACAAGUGACAAAGCAACAGAUGUUACAAUCAGGAUGUGCAGCAAAGCUGUCGAGACUGAGCAUGCACAAUCAUUGCACUGCACUCAUGAUAUAAUUAGUGCGUCUCACAGAGGGAACAAAGAAGUAAAACAGACUCGAGUUGGAGGCGACAAGAUAACGAGCAAUUCUGACAAUCUAAGCAGCAAGCACGGCAGGUCUAUUAAUAACAGCCAGGAUAUGAUAGAGAGGGAUAAAGAACAUUUGACUAUCGCAGGCAGCCAGUGCAGUGAAUGUGAGAAAGAAUUCAAUUGUCAACAUUCAGAUUCCCAGGAUGUGACUUUGGGUACAUUCAUGCAACCUAAAUCCGAGUUAAUUUCAACAAAUCCUGAAACCGAACAGUGUAUUAAAAAAAUUGAGGAACUUUUGUGCAAACAGCAAUCUUUUUUGGAGCAGAAUUAUCCUGAGUUGGCAGUGAACUUUAAGAAACUUUGUUCCAGUAUUGAGUCUCUCAGCAGUCAACUAAUGAACUCUCUUCAACCAUUGCCCUCAACCAAUGCUGUACUUAACCAAUCAGGAGGGAGCUCUCAGAGAAGGGAAUGUGAAGCAACACUGUUCCAAUCUUCAAACCUUAAAUCUAUUAUGAAAAAGGAAGGUGGAAAUGUCAAAUCGAGGAAUCUCCCAGCCAAAAAAAACCUUCAGUUUAUUGGUGUAAAUGGCGGCUAUGAAAGCACAUCAAGUGAAGAUUCCAACUCCUCAGAAGGUGCAGACAGUGACUUGGAAAAAGACUAUGUCAAUACAGGAAAUGAAACUCAACAUAUUGGCAACAAAGCAGAAAUGUCCAAGGACACAGAGGGAGCAGAGCAUGGUGAAGUUCAGCCAACAAGAAUCAAUGCUAAUGUCAAUGUUAUGCAGCACUGCAGCAAAAGGCACAAAUUGAAGUUGGGCCUCAUCUCUGCUUGUCUGAACCUGAAGGAUCACCUCAAUGAACUGGAGGUCACAAAUGAUAAAGACGUGAGGCAGAAUUUAAACACUGUUCAGUGGGAAUGGUUCAGGAUUUCCAGUCAGAAAUCCGCAGCUCCUGAGACUGUUCAAGACUUUCUCCUAGAACUCCAAGAGAUGUCACCAGAUCUCCUUCACUUCGUUGUAAAUGUGGCAGAUGAAAAUCAGAACACCGCACUCCAUUACAGUGUCUCCCACUCCAAUUUUCCUGUUGUGAGACUCUUACUGGACACAGGUGUCUGCAAUGUGGACCAUCAGAACAGGGCAGGAUAUACUGCGACCAUGUUAGCUUCACUGGCUUCUGCUGAAACAGCUGAAGAGUUGGCGGUGGUCAGGAAGCUUCUGCAUUUGGGAAAUGUCAAUAUCCAAGCUACUCAGGCUGGUCAGACAGCUUUGAUGCUAGCUGUCAGUCAUGGAAGGAACGAUAUGGUUACAGCUCUCCUGUCUUGCGGGGCUGAUAUUAAUAUCCAGGAUGACGAUGGAUCCACUGCACUCAUGUGUGCAUGUGAGCAAGGAAAUGUGGAGAUGGUUAAGCUGCUGUUGGCUCAGCCUGAGUGUAACAUUGCAUUAACUGAUAAAGAUGGCAACACUGCUUUGACCAUUGCACAGCAAGCUGGGCAGAAGGACACUGUUGUACUGCUGAGCACCCAUAUGGAUUGUGGCAUGUCAUAGAGUCAUACAGCACGGAACCAGACCCUUCGAUCCAACCAGUGCACGCCGACCACGUUUGGAAACUAAACUAGUCCCAUCUGCCUGUCCUUGGCCCAUAUCCCUCCAAACGUU